AAAUUUUUAAACGGACUACGUUGCUAAGAGGAUUAAAGAUAGACUGUGGUUGGACAGACACAUUGUCUAUAUCCAAUCGUAUCGAGCGUUGCAGGAGUGCGGGUGAGAGAAAGCGUCUAGUUACCGGGUGGUUAAACGGAAGAGAAGUGUAAUUGAUGUGAUGCACGGAAUUAUCUUUUUGCAUUUUCCAGUAAACAGAGGAAUCAAAAGACUUUUUUGCAUUGUUGAUUUGAAGCGGAUCACAAAAUAUUACAUAAUUUCCAAAGAUGGCAUUCAGCUUUAGAAGGAAGGGUACAAUGGAAUUUAAGCACAUAGCUCAUGGCUUGGUCCCUGCUGCCACCAUUGCUCCCAGGUCUGCUGUCCCCCGCACCCCUCCCCCCCGCAGCCCAAACCCCUCUCCAGAAAGACCCAGGUCUGCCUUAGCAGCUGCCAUUUUAGCCUCAACACUAACUGGUCGUACAGUGGCAAUCCCACAACCUCGACAGAGGUCCCUCUUGGAGACAGACUUCUCUUAUUCAGAGAACAGGAGCAGCAUAGAGCCAUACGCCAGUACUGCUGAGAUUGAAAGGGAGAGUUGGAAUAACACAGUCAAUGGCAGGCCCCGCAUGCCUUCCCCAAGGUUCUCUGGUGAUGAGUGUGAUGACUAUGAAGAUGAAGAUGUAGAGAAGGACGUGCUAUCGGAGCCAGAAGGCCAUAUCUAUCACAGUCUUGCAAAGGAGGAUGAGAAUCAGAUUGAGCCUGUUUAUGCCAAACCAAACAAAAAGGUAAGAAUGCCCAUGUUGGAAGGCACUGAUGAGACUGACAACUCUGCAUAUCGUGUGGCUUCUCCGACUUUACCACACCAACUACGAACUGAGCAAAUGCAAGAAAAGAACAUAGUUCAAGAGAAUUUACUUCAAAAGGCUGAAAUUCCAAAGGUGGAAGAAAUAGCCCAAAGGUCAUCUCCAUCACCAGACCUGACUGAUGACUUGAGCCUUGAAACUCCAAGAACGAAUUCAAACUUGUCUAAGAGGGCGUUAUCAAAGAAGAAGAUCUUAAUAAAGGACAGCAAAUCAGAUUUGACAGAUGAUACAUACAAAGAACUUCUGGAAAUGAAUAAGGAGAUAUUACAAGAGAUGAAAGAAAGAAACCACGCUCUGGGCUCUGAAAAUCAGGCCUUAGUCCAGAAGCUUCAGGAGCAGGGCCAUCGACUGCAGAAGACACAGCUCAGGCUAGACCAAUCGCAACAGGAAAACAGAAGGCUGAAGGAAGCAGAGGAGAGACUCUCCAGGGAAGAUCACCAGGCAGAACUGCACUCCAUCAGACAGCAGGCCCAGGAGUUGGUUGAUGAAAAUGAUGCCAUGAAAAUGACUAUCCAUCGCCUGAACGUGGAACUGAGUCACUACCAGACACAAUUCAGACCACUGUCUAAAGAGGAGUGUUCACAGAUCAGUGGCCUUCCGUUGAAAGGACCAUCUCCACCAUGGCUGCUGGACAUGAAAUAUUUAUCUCCUUUGCUCCUGGCAUAUGAAGACAGACUUGGAGAAAAGGAUUCUGCGCUGCAUGCUUAUGAGGACGAGAUGAAGCGUUUUGCUUCUCGAGUGAAGGCGGUGGUGAGGGAGAAUGAGGAGCUCCACCUACAGCUUGAGAAGACUGGUGCUGUCAGCAACAAAGAGUGGCGUCAGUUAAGAGACCAGGCCAGGCUUGUCCUGGAAGAAAACCAAGUGCUGAUGGAACAGCUGGAGGUACAGCAGGCCAAGGCCAAGGACAGUCACAAUCGGCAUCUUCACGAAGUGUCUAAGUUGACCAAACAACUGAUGCUCCUGGAAGCUGAGAAAGAAAACCAACAGGAAGAGCUGGUAGAAUGCAGUAAGCAGCUGGAGGAUUUGCGCUCCAAAUACAAGCACGCCAAAGUCAACCUUGAGAACAAAGUGGAGCUGGAUGAACACGUCUCCACUGUGAAUGAGCUGAAAAGGCAGCUGCAGCAGGAAGAGGAGAAGAGACAUGCAGAAGUAGAGGAUCUAAUGGGGAGGAUAGCAUCCCUUCAAACUGAGAAGAAAACACUGCUCUUAGAGAAAACAAACCUCAUCGCAGACAACAAGAGCAUUGAGACUGAGCUGGAAAUAUCACGAAAUGCCAACAGAAAGUCUCAGCGGAAGAUCGGCCUCCUGAAACAGCAGCUCGAGGAUGCGCUGGAUAAAGAAGUUGCUGCUCAUCAGUACCUUGCAAACCUGAUCAGCCUGGCUGAGAAAGCAACACAGGAGAGAGAUCAGCUCAUGUACAUGGCCAAAAACCUGGAAACCGACAAGCAAGAUGUGUUCAACAAGAUUAUAGAAGGGACCGUCCGAAUGGGCAAGCUGGAAGAGAAAGUCAAGGUGUACAAAAAGAAAGCCGCAGCCAAGCUGGGAGACAUGGGGCACAGACUGCUGGAGCAGGAGGAGGGCUUUGCUGGGAAGACAGACUCCUACCAGAGAGAAAUCAAGCACCUCCAGAGGGUGUUGCGAGACAAGCAGGAAUCGCUCGACGAAGUGCUGCAGCAGAAAAGGGAAAUGGAAGGUGAACUGGAGAUUGUUUGGCAGUCAGCUUCCAGAGAAAACAAAAGAAUGAAAGACACCCUUUUUGAUACUUUUUGCCAGAGCGAUGCUCUCAAUCUAGAGGAAGCCUCAGGAGAGCCGUGCAGUCGAGCAGCCUUUAGAGCAAGGAGCUCAGCCCACGGGAAGCAGAACAUGGGCGCUGCCUAUCCCAUGGAGCUGCUGGUAGUGAACAGCGACUUCACUGUCUCGACUCCAAUACACAGCAAGCCCAAGCAAGGAAUGCAGAAAAGCCCCAUGUUUGAGUCAGAUUCCGACCAGCAACAAAUCCCAUCAUCAGAUGAAAGCGAGAAGAAUGGGCUGGAGUUUUAUUCAUGAAACAGGAAUCCUUUUUCUGAAAAGAUUGUCAGUAUGAUUCAUAUUCUAAAGCACAAAAAAUAAACCAAAAAUAUAUCUAAAAUACUUAUAUAUAUAUACACACACAUACACACACACUUUAAAUGUUCUGUGAUUUUUUUAUGUCUUGAGAAAAUGACAGUAUUGUAGGUCUAUAUUUAAUAGAACGAUCUGACUUUCUUCAAUAGUGCAGUAUAGAUUAAUGAUCGUGCUUUAGGUAAUGUAUUAUAAAUUUACUUAGACUGAGGUAAUGUUAAAGCUGCAGUCGUGUUACAUUUACUAAAAUAUAAUUAAUUGGUGUCUUAUAAGCAAACAAGCAAACCUUGUUGACUAUCCAAUUAGUCUACAUUCCCAAGGUGGCUGUGGGAACGCAAGCUUCUGCCCUCCUUGAAACAUACUUGACACUAUAUCACUGUGAGACCAAAAUAGGCAUGGUACUUGCAGCAGUAAGAUGUUAAAUAAAUCUAUCUUAAAGCAUGUUUAUAGCUCAGGAAUUAUAACAGAUAUAAAAAGGUGACCUUUUAUUCCCAAAUUGUGUUUUUUAUAGAAGAUAGUUUAACUCCUAUAAAGCUAGGUACAACUCUGUUAAACUAAAUGUGAUUCUACCACUUUAAAUUAAGUAUUGUAUGUGCUAUGACAUUUUUAAAAGUGCAUAUGAUUUUAAUUUUUUUUACCAGGAAACACACUGACAUCAUACGUUCAAUUACAUUCAGUGAACAGGUUGUAUCACGUCGCUGUGGCUACACAAACCUUAUAUUAUGGACAUUUUCACAGUCUGCAACAGAACAUUUUAGGAGGCUUGGCCACUGUUUGUCCCAUAAACCCUGUCAUUAACUGUUCAAGGAGACAUCAUAACCAUGCGGUAAUGCAACUGUGGGAAGCCUAGAGCCUGACUCCCAGACACAAAUGACACCAUGCAGUGUUGGAAUAUCUCAGCCUGAGAUGAAACUGUAAGACACACUGAUUCAGUCACCAGCCAAAGUAUCUGUCUAUCAGAGAAACAAUAAAAAAUAAUUCAGCACCCACGUUCUGUCCCUUUUCUCUGACGUUAUUCAGUUAAACCUAGCGGUAUUUGUGUGUUUUAAAUUAAGGACUUAGAAUUUCAACCCUGAGUCUUACCUGUGCUGCACUAUUCAGGGUCAAGGUCAGGUGGAAGGAAGGAAGUGAAUGGGGAGAACAAACCACAUGCAUCCAUCAUGCUUAUAGUAUUAAAAUCUGGAAAGCAAUAUUAAGUUUGACACCAAUACAAUAAGGGAUUUGUGAGAAUUGUGUUGUGCUAAUAGAGAGAACAGUAUGCAUUGUAACUUUUUAUUAUUAACACUUUUUUAAAUAAUGUAAACUUUAAGGCCACCUGAGUAAAAAGGCCACUUUAAGGAUAUUUUAACUGUCCCAAUUUACUCUCAUUGACAGCAAUGUAAAGUUACCUAAAAUAUGAAGGCCACCCCUGUAUUCAGUAUUUUUCUUCUGUUAAAUAACCUCCCUAAUAAGACUAACUUGCUGUAAACUACCAACUGUAUUUACAAAGAACUGAAAACAUGGAUGCAUCAUGAUAUCACUGAAAAUUUUAAGAACUAAAACCAGAAGGCUAUCUGCUUAUUAAGGCCUGGCAGCUUCACUGGCCUUAAUAUCGAGGUUUCACUGUGCACAGCAAUUAUACUGUCAUUAACUGUUUAUCCCUUUACUAAAAAUGAAAAAAAUAUAUACUACAAUGGUACUUGACAGACCUCUGUGAAUUUGUGUAUUAUGAUUUCUAAUAUCACUGGUUUUGUAAAAUUAAUCAAGUGUUCUGGCAGUGUCUUACUGGCCAGGGGCAGCUCAGUCAGUGUUGGUCCCAGUACAAGGCUCUGCUGGGAUAUUCACAAAUGCUUGAAUGACAACACAAAGAAGUUUCUGCAAUUUUGAAUGCAUGUUUUAUUUUUUUUGACAGUGUCGCAAGCAAUU